UCAUUCCUCCCCGCGCGAGGGCGCUGUUUAUCCACAACGGUUCUUAAACGAUGCUCGAGGACGCCACUAUUCACAAAAGCAAGCGGUUCUCAAAUGGAUUUUUAGGUCACAAUGGACCCAUUUGACAGCUCUGAUUCGCUGGAAGGGCCAUCAAAGACAGCGGCGACAAACGCAGAUGCACCGGUGCCGUGGUCGCGCUUCUCUGCCUGGCUCGAAUGCGUGUGCGUCGUUACCUUCGACCUCGAGCUCGGACAAGCCAUAGAGCUCGUUUACCCCCAUGAUGUCAAACUCACAGAGAAAGAGAAAACAAGCAUCUGCUACUUAUCGUUUCCUGACUCAUACUCAGGAUGCCUCGGGGACACGCAGUUCAGCUUCAGACUGCGGCAGUCCGUGGGCCGCAGUAGCUCUUGGUUUGGACAUGAGGAUGCGUACAACAGGGAUGCACCUGUGACCCUGCAGAAGGAGCAAGCACAUUUCCAUGGGUAUGUGUAUUUCAGACAAGUGAAAGAUGCGUCUGUGAAAAGGGGUUACUUUCAGAAGUCUCUGGUGGUGGUGUCCAGACUGCCGUUUGGGAACCUUUUCCAUUCGCUGCUGCAGGUCAUUGCUCCUGAGUACUUUGAAAAGCACGAACCUUGUCUGGAGACAGUCUGUAAUGAGAUUGACCAGUGGCCAGCGCCAGUACCAGGACAGACACUCAACUUACCAGUUAUGGGUGUUGUGAUGCAGGUUCAAAUUCCUCCAAAAGUCGAAACACUAGGAGGAAGCCCGGUAAAACAACCACAAACUGAGAAUCUGCUCCCUGCCCCCACCGUUCUUCCAUCAGUUCAUGAGUUGGAUCUUUUUAAAUGUUUCCAGUCAGUCCUGAUUCACAUGCAGAUGCUCUGGGAGCUCAUGUUGCUAGGAGAGCCAGUGGUUGUUAUGGCACCCUCUCCGACCGUCUCCUCUGAGACUGUGCUGGCCCUAGUCAGCGCUAUCGCCCCACUGCGCUACUGUGGUGAUUACAGACCAUACUUCACCAUUCAUGACAGUGAAUUCAAGGAGUACACAACCAGGACUCAGGCUCCGCCUAAUGUGAUACUUGGUGUCACGAAUCCAUUCUUUAUAAAGACCUUUCAGUGCUGGCCACACAUUAUUCGCCUCGGAGACCUGAAGAUGUCUGGUGAUUUACCAAAGCAAGUGAAGGUCAAGAAACUGGCAAAGUUAAAAACACUGGAUACAAAAACAGGUAUAUACACAGCAUACAAGACCUUCCUAAACAAAGACAAAGCCUUCAUUAAGCGACUCUUAAAGGGUAUCCAGAAGAAAAGGCCAUCAGAAGUGCUGAGUGCCUUUUUGAGGCGGCAUCUGAUGGAGCAAACUGAGAGUUUCAUUCUUCCGCUGGAACGAUAUUUGGAAAGCCUAAUGCCGCCACAGAGAUCGGUGUCUCCAUGGAAGACCCCACCUCAGAUCCGGUCCUUCAGUCAGGAUGAGUUCAUGAAGACCCUGGAGCAAGCAGGGCCGCAGCUAACACUGAAAGGAGAUUGGACAGGCCUGUACAGGCGUUUCUUCCGUUCACCAAACUUUGAUGGCUGGUAUCGGCUCAGGCACAGAGAGAUGACUCAGAAAGUGGAAUGUCUUCAUUUAGAGGCCAUCUGUGCAGCUUCUGUUUUAAAUUGCAUGGAAAAGCGCGACCGAAAUCCUUCUUUUGUGCUCCACAGAAGAAAAGAACCCCUACAUGUUCAGAACAGCAUGAGGGAGCUGCUGACAUGGAACAAGGACAAAUCAGAGGUAGAGAUUGUUGACCUCAUCCUGAAGCUUCGAGAGAAACUGAUGAGAGCUCGAAAACACCAGCUUCCGGUGAAAGAAGAACUUCUGGAGAGAUUAGAGCAGUCCAUCCAGACUAUCAUCAGCUCCUUGCCAGAGGAUCUACAGACAUUAUUACAAAGACAAUGACAAUUAGACCCACGUGAACAACUCUGACCAGCAGAUCCACUGAUACAUACAUAGAAUGUCUGUCUAGAAUAUACCAGCUAUAUAACACCCACACAGGUAUCAAUCCACAUUUCUUCUUCUGGUAAACCCAUACACUACCUGAGAGGCCUUUCAUUUUGGAUGUACAGUACAGGAGAGAAACAACAGAUACUGCUGCUAUAUGAGGUCCUAGAUGACACAUGAAGAACACAGAAAACACUGAUACUUGGAUUAACAUAAUUUUGAAUUCCUCAGCUAGACUUUACACCAGAUUUUAAAUGUCUGCUAAAUUACAUUUUAACAUGCAUUUGAACAAGUAUUUAAAGCCUGCAGUCAGUUAGCACUGCAUGACAUUUAUUUUAUAAAUCAACAUGUAGUCAAAUAGAUUAAUAAAAGGAUUAACAAACUGACUAUUAAUUGGAAUAUGCAGCAUGUAUUUAGCACAUGCAGUGAAGUUCAUAAAUAUGGAUGACAUGUUCACUUAAGAUGCUUUUAUGAUGAUUAUUUAUUAAAUAUCAAUGCUUUUAUUACAGUGAUGUUUUUGGUUAUUAUUUAGGGACAUUUUGAAGCACAUUUGCAUACCUGACCCAUAAAAGACACUGAGACACGUUUGGCUAUUAUUUAUUUAUUUAUUUAUUUAAUACCUUACCUGAUCUUUUACCUUUGCAUUGGUAGACCUCUACUGUGUCGUUUGACCAGUUUGUAUUAUUUUUAUAUUAGAAGCUGACUAUCCAGGUCAUUUUUUGACAAUUUAGAUUAGGUUUUAUUGAGGGCUGGAUUAACAGACUCCGGAUUAACAAACUCUGGAUUAAGAUUUAUCUAACACCAGACAGAUUUUAAUGGGAUUUAUGAAUGACUGAGACGUGGCAGUGAACUUAGCCACAUGAGAGAGUUAAAUGAUUCAUAAAGAGUUUUGGGAUUGGAGAAUUUCAAAUUCAAUGCCAUUAAUACGCAAUACAAUCAUGUAUAAGGUACUCCGUCUGUAUAUAAAGUGUUUGCCAGUCAUGAAUGUUAAUUUUUUGAUACAACCUGAACCUUAUUUGAAAAGGAAAUGUUGGUUGUUCUCUUUAGUAGUGCUAUGGCACUCUUUAUUCACCGUUUUGAAC